GAAGCUUGUUACAUUUUGUCGAUGCGGCUUCUGAUUUGCAUUGCUCAAUAUUCCUACAUAAGCACGUUGGCUUUCACCGAGUACAUGUGCCUCAAAGGAUCAACUUGAUUGGGAAUCCCAACUUUGUUUUUCCGCUCCGCCUAUUGUCGAUUGUCGAUUGUAGAUCACUAAUUGCUCAUACCAAGCAACAAUUUAAUUCAACUUUUUACAGCAACACGAACCGUCCAACCACGAUUCAUUAAUACUUAAGCCAUAUGCAUCUGAUGCGCCAACCCAUUCAAUUCCCUUGCAUCAACUGAAGCUGCCGCCAGAAAAAGUAAAAUGGCGCACUUCACCGAGGCCAAGCAGAGUAACCAGGAAUCAUUAACGAUUGCUUCUUCCAGCAAUUCCGCUACGGGUGUUUCUGACGUCGAUGACUCUGUGAAUGGUAGCGAGAAGCGAGCGCACGACGGGAGUCGAGAUAGUAGAAAAUCUAGGAGUAGGAAGAGAAGAAGAAGGGCAAAAGACGGCGGAAUAUCUGAGAUGAAUGGCCAUGACAGCUCAUCGAAGAGAAGAAACAGCAUAAGCAAGGCUGCCCGGGAUCCUAGGGAUGAGCCUCCGAAGAAGAAAAAGAAGAAGGUCAAGCCCGAAGUGCCCGAGGGCACCGAAACACGGUCCCCGAGCCCUGUUAUUGACUUUGAUGGCUUAAGCCGACCGAGUCGUGGCACGCGAGAGCGACUUGAAGAGAGCUCCGAACAGGCGGCUCAAAGGCUCGAGAAAAUGAAAGGAGCCGUUCGAACAAUCCUAGAAUGCGUUGGGGAGGACCCAGAUCGAGAAGGCGUGCUAGAUACGCCCGCAAGAUAUGCGAAGGCUAUGCUCUUCUUCACCAAAGGGUAUCAACAGAAUGUCAAGGACAUUGUCAACAACGCAAUCUUCCACGAAAAUCAUAACGAGAUGGUAAUCGUGAAAGACAUUGAGAUAUUCAGUCUAUGUGAACAUCACUUGGUCCCCUUCUUCGGGAAGAUGCACAUCGGAUACAUCCCGAAAAACAAUGUCAUCGGCAUAUCGAAGCUACCCCGUAUCGCAGAGAUGUUCAGCCGUCGUCUGCAGGUACAAGAGCGAUUAACGAGAGAAGUUGCCAAUGCCAUUAUGGAAGUACUAAAACCUCAGGGGGUAGCUGUUGUCAUGGAGUCGAAUCAUCUUUGCAUGGUUAUGCGAGGAGUGGAAAAGACAACUACGAGCACCAUUACUAGCUGCGUGCUUGGUUGUUUCGAAAAGAAAGAAAAGACCAGGAAUGAGUUUCUGAGUCUAGUUGGGCUGAACAGAGGAUAUAGGUAGGCAUCAAGGAGGACGAUAUAACGUUAACGUAUACAGGAACAUGGAUGCAUAUUAGGCGUUAUCGGUCUAGAGUAUGGGAUCUCAACAUCAAACUCAUCAUUUAGGACGGGAAGGUAAACGCAUUUAACAUUAGAGUUACAGCAAGCUCAACGCCUCGAGGAAAGGAUAGCAUAUGGCGUUCAGGGGUAAAAUCACUUUUCAACAUCAACGUUAUGUAUAAUCAACUACAUAAUAUACUUACGCAUUCACUACUGAAGACACCCAA